AUGUCAGAAUUGCGUAUUCUCGAUAAAGUCUGUGAAGUGCGAUUCAACCACUACCAUAUCAACGAACUAGUAGUGGAGAUAGCUGAGGAAGGUCCUGAGGAUUCUGAUGAUAUAACGACACGGUUCCUCUUUCGGGAGUACGACCAGACCUCGCAGAAUGAGAACGCCUAUGGGAGGCCCCAGUUGGUGAUGGUGGCAUGCUUCGCUAGCCAGUCCGAGAAGUUUAUACAGAUUGCCAAGGCGCUUUGUAGUCGAGUAUUAUGUCCAUUCGAGGCGGUAGCGUCUACGAGCAUCAUCACUACUGGUCAGCUCCUUCUUGAGAGAGGUUCUCGGUGGGUUCUGAGGACCCGUCUACCGAGUCAUCAUCCGGGAGCACGGGGGGAAGGUGUAGAGGCUGAGGAGGAUCAAGUUGCGAAGAAAAAAUGGAAAGGAAUGACGAUCAAGUGGCGAGCGAAAAACCAGGCUCGACCGUUAGAAGGCUGUCUGCAUGGGUUUACGUUUAAUGGGGAUGCAGCCUGGGGGGAAGUCACUAGAUUGAUUAAUGGUUUCAUUACGGGAGUCGGGCAAGUUCCAGAGAAAGCUGACGAGGGUCUUCUUCACGAUGGUGGUAUUUUAUCACCGACUGCAGCAGCUGCCUUGAGCGAUGGAGUGGAUGCAGUAGAGCCGGAGUGGCGUAUGAGACUUUGUAUGAGGGACACUAUGUUGAGGUAA